AGCAGCUCCAGAUAGAAUAGUGUGUCUUGCUGGCACUGCAAGCAACCCCAGGAAGGUCAGGAGAUGGAUAUUAGAGACUGGCAGCCAGAACAUGGCAUCCUGACGUUGCCAAGUUUCUGAUCGAGAGAAAUGCUGACGUGAACAAGGCUGAUAACUAUGGUGUAACCCCACUGCACGUGGCUGCGGCAGUAAAUUAUCCUGAAAUGGUUGAUUAUCUUCUGGACUGUAAUGCGGACAUUGAAGCAAAAACGUCUGGAAUGAUGCAGACACCAGUUCACUAUGCAGCUAAGUAUGAUGCUGCUAAUGCCCUGCACUGCCUGUUGAAACAUGAUGCGAACAUGAAAGCGCGAGAUUAUAAACAGCGAACCCCUUUGCAGCUGGCAACAGAGCUUGAUCGAUCUGAGUCAGCUCGAUUGCUAUUGCAGUGCCACGCAGAUGCAGGAGUUCAUGAUAAUACAGGACAAUUAUGUCUUACAUUGAUGGCAGCAAACAUGCCUCAACUUGCAUAUACGGCUUUGGAUCAAUUCAUCUUUAAGGACAGAGCUAACCGAAAACAGUACUUCAUGCUGAAUCUUCUAAUACCCCAACCUUCUGAAACAGCUAAUAGUCGUGCCAAGUCAUUGCUUGAAGUGAUUGCUGAAUAUCGACAGCUGGACCUCAUCAUGCAUCCUGUUGUGCAGAAAUUAAUUCAAAUUAAAUGGAAACGCUUUGGGAGGAGAGGAGUCACAAUCAUGUUGGGGCUAAAUAUCCUCUUCAUUUUGUCUUGGACUAUCCUUGGACUUACUUCCUCUCUGUCAUAUUCUGAAAAAUUGAAGUAUGUUCUACCUCGUGAUUGGUGGAAAAUUCUUCUUGCUGUCAUAGCAAUUGGACUUACUGGCUAUCAGCUUGUAGAAGAAUUUAUUGAAAUCCAUUCUUCAAACGUGAAGUUUAGUUUCUGGAAGGAUUGGAAAAGCAAGGAAAUAAUGAAGGACCUCAACCUGUGUCACCCAAGAUGGCCAGAGGAGGAGUCAUAUCUAAAGAAACAGCUGGCUGGACUGGACGAAUUGCAUCCCCACUAUUUUAGAGAUUUUUGGAAUUUGUUUGACUGGAUGGUUUAUCUGCUGCUGUUUGCUCUAAUAGCAACUCAUGUUGUUGAUCUGGUAACACAAAGCGAGUUCAUUCAUGUUGCACAUAUUCGACUAUUUGCUGUGACUAUUAUAUUCCUUUGGCUUCGGCUCAUGAAGCAUGUUCGAGCUAUCAGAGCUCUGGGACCUUUCAUUGUAAUGCUUGGGAAAAUUAUCGUUGACCUCUUGAAGUUCCUCUUUCUCUACGGAGAGUUUUACAUUCCUUUUGCUUGUGCAUUUUGGAUAAUAUUUGGUGGGCUAGUAUCAAACAUGACAACUUUGCCCCAGAUGAUGUUUACUGUCUUUCGUAUUACAUUGGUUGAUGAUUAUCGGUUUGAUGACAUGUAUGUCCAGGAUCCAGUCAUGGCAUAUUUUCUCUGUGGAAUGUUUCUUGGGGUCUCAAGCAUUCUCUGCAUCAAUCUUCUAAUUGCACUGCUAUCUGACACGUUCCAAAGGGUGUACGACAAUGCAAAUGCAAAUGCAGCCAUGCAACAGGCUAGCAUGGUACUGUACGUUGAAGAUCAUCUCGGUCAGAAAAGAAAGAAUACAUUCAAAGAAUAUAUUCAUAACUCAUGUGCACCUUUAGAAAUAUUUUUUGAUGAUGACCUGACAAUGGACCAAGAAGAUGAUCUCAAAAAAGUAACCAUUCAAAUAAAGGAAGAUAUAGAUAAUCUCACAAAGUUAUUACAAAUGGAAGAAUGGGAGAAAGCUGAAUAUGAGCAGAGUCCUAGAAGCAGACUUUCUAGAAGGUUUUGGGGCACCAGCCAAAGCCAAAGUCAAGAUGAAGAUUCAGAAGAUGGCACAACAUUAAAUAUAGCAAUGCACGAAGAGAUUUCAAACUUGCAGUUGAAGGUUUCAGCCCUUUAUCAACAACAGGAAAAUGCUACUGAAAAAUUCACCAGUGAAUUACAGAGAACGCAAGAUUUGCUUAAUGAAAUUCUAAAGCACAUUGGAGCUGGAACCAGUGGCACUCAUUCAUCUCAUAAAACACAAGGGGAUAUCCAGGAUCCCAGUCACAAAUGAUUCCUUGGCAAGUAAGCAAUUAAUUCAUCAUGGUGAUGAGAACUGAGAGGUUCUAUUUGAAAAGGAAUCUGAUCAAGAAGUCUGGUUUAAAAAAUGCUGCUAAAGAAACAUCAACACAAAUCAUUCUGUAGAAACAUCUGAUUGUGCAAGAUAUAUGCAAACUGUGUACUUAAGAAUAAAAGAUUAAUACUUUAAAGAUUUACUAAUUACAGCAUCACAUGUUAUUGCACUAUGCUUUCACCAUGGCCCUUUCAAUUUUAGAAACAUUUUUGAUUUAAGAUGCAAUGCUUUGAUUUAGUUUAAGCUAUGGAACUUUACUAACACAUUACACCAAAAUUUUUAGUAAAGUAUUCUUGCAAGGCAGUUGCAAAUACAGUUUCCAAAGAGAUUGGAGAUAAUGUUUGGCUUGGUGUGAUAAUAUAAAAUAGAUAAUAACAAAUGACCAGCCCACUUUAUAUCUCUCCCAAUUUUUGUUGCCAAUGACUUCAAGAUAUGAGAUAUUUGGAGUUUCUUGCAAAAACUACAAUUCUAAUGUGUAUUUUCAAAGAUACUAAGACACCAAUGCAUCUUUAAUAAGGAAAUGCUGAAUCCAAAAGAUUUAAAUGUAAAUAAAUGUUAAAUGCAAUGCUUUCAAAUCAAAGGACAUUCCAAUCUGUUCUCUAGUCAAUCCCCACUCAACUAUAUUCUCAAUUAAAAGGUUCAUGUUCUGCUGUUACCAAUGAUUUCUGGCCAUUGAGUGUAGUGGGCUAUUUUUUGGUAAGAGUAAAAUAAAUUUGAUUAGCUGAGUUUUGUUGAACUUGAGAGUUAUUACUCAGAGACCUAUGCAUUUAAUUACAUUCCUGGAAGACAUUUAAUAACAAAUGUCUGACAUUUCUUCCUCAGAUAAAAUUAUCCCAGAACGGAACUAUCUUUUGAUUUUCUGCACAAAUGAAGUAGUAAAUGUUCAUAAGUAGCAUUUAGAGUGAAAUUUUGAUUUGCGUAUAAUAUCUGUCUGACUACAAGUACAGAAAUCUCCAAGACAAUGUUUAUGAUGGGAUAUCACUAUCAUGGUUGAA